AUGCUGCAGCUAUUCCAGCGACUCUCGCGACCAUCGAUCUCCUCCACGGAUCCAUCAACUUGGAGCCGCCUGCGCAAGGAACUGCUCUUCGCUACCAUCAUCUUGGGCUCCUGUGCGACCGGUUCCCUGGGCCCCUUGCUCGUUCCCGGCUUUGCUGUUGUCGCCGCCGAUCUCCAGGUCGACCUCACUAGCGUGACCCUGCUGAAUGGAAGUCUAGUCAUGGCCCUCGGAGUCAGCGCCUACGCCUGUUCCUCCUUUGCCAACUAUUUCGGCAAGCGGCCGGUCUACCUGUUUACCACCCUUCUGGUGCUCAUCUCGUGCUGCUGGGCGGCAGCAGCAAAAUCCUACACUUCACUUAUCGCGUCCCGUGUGUUCCAAGGACUGGGGAUGGGUGGCUUCUUCGCCCUUGCGGGCACUGCCUCCAUCAAUGAUGUCUUCGCCAUCACCGAACGUGGCCGCCGCGUCGGCCAGUGGAACUUCGCCGUCAUCGUCUCGGUCAACCUCACCCCGGUUAUCAGCGGAUACGUUAUCACGGCGCUCUCUUGGCGCUGGGCCUUCUGGCUCGAAGCCAUCCUCUUCGGUGUUCUCCUUGUGGCCAUCAUCCUAUGUUUCCCCGAAACCACAUUUCCCCGUGCCAUCACCGCCACCACCACCAUCACAACGACCAUCACUACAAUAUCCGAUCCAGAAAAGACCCCAGACAUUAAGUCCGAAACCACGAACCUCGACGCAGAAGAGAGGGCCAGCCCUUCACCAGUCAUAACUCCGCUCCCCAUCUCAGAGAAACGAGGCAACCUUAUCUUCGCGCUUAUCGAGCCCCUGGCCCUCCUCCUCGACCCCAUUGUCAUCUGGGGCUGCAUCCUGUGGUCCGUCACCUUCACCUGGACCAUCCUCCUCGGCGCGGUGGCCUCGCAGAUCUUCACCGCUGCUCCGUGGGCUCUGUCCACCGUCGCGGUGGGAAAUCUCACCGGCAUCGCCCCGCUCAUCGGGUCCGCCCUGGGCACCGUGCUGGGCGGGUGGCUGUGCGACCUGAGCAGCCGCCUGAUGGCCACUCGCAGCCAACACGGUGUAUACGAGCCCGAGUACCGGCUCCCGGUGCUGCUCCCCGCAACGAUCGCCAUGGCUGUCGGGGCAUUUGGGCUGGGCGCCGCGACGGACCAUGGCGACAGUGCCGUCGUGUGCGGGGUGUUCAUGGCGAUCAUCAACUUUGCCGUCGGCAUGGGGUGUACGGGAAUCGUGGCGUACACGAAUGAUGUCUUCGCCGAGCGGGCAGGGGAUGCGUUUGGACUCGCGAUGGUGGCCAAGAGCGCGUUUGCGUUUGGGCUGUCCUUUGUGUUCAAUGAUUUCGUGGGUGAGAGUGGGACCCUGGUUUUCUUCUCGACGUUUGGGGCUGUGAGCGUGGGGGUUAUGCUUACGACGUUGGCGAUGUUCUUUUGGGGGAAGAGGAUUAGGGAGUGCAUGCAGUGGACCGGACUCUGCUAA